CUUUUUCACGAAAAUGAGACUUGUAAGCGGAGUAUGCGUCAAGCUUUUACUGAACAUUUUGGAAAAUCAACUUCAUUUUACGUGUUAACGAUGGAAAUGACCAGUCCUCCGAAACCAACUCGAAUAGUGAAUUGUUUAUUGCCGAAUCCAGUUGAAGGUGAAGCUUUAGAGAGCAAAGGUGAUGAAGAUUUUUCCGAACAAAAUGGCGAAUUAAGCUUGAGUUCAAGGGAAAUUCUCAGCUUGCCAGCAUUAGCUGGUGAAGUUGCUGUAGCUCAAAAGCAACAAAUCAACGACUUGAGCAAAAGGCAAGAAGUUCUAGAUCGGCUUAAGGUAAAGUGUACGAGACUGUAUAACUUUUCAUGACAUUACAAAAAUUGAGCUGAGUUUAAGCUCUAAAUUCACGAUUCGGUUUUCUUUUUUUAUUUUAAAUACAUGCAUGACUGGCUCGCAUCGCCGGUAGGAGAAAAACAGUCAAGGUAAGCAUGCAUCGCUCAGCACUUUAAUAAAACUCGUCCAUUGUGAAUUAUUUAGGUGAAAUUGUUUCUAAAUAUAUUUCAGCAAGCAAUAGUUCAGUUUUAAAAACUACAUGGCCAAUUAGCUGUUAAAAGAGCUCUCCAAGCAGUCAGUAAAAUCAGAAUUCUUCGUCCUCCUUUCUUUCCAAAUUAGUUCAGUUAAAGAUAAAUGCAGUUAAAGCUGAGGUUGCUGCCGUCUCGAGAAAUGUUUAUUUGACGGAAGAUGAUGUUUCAAGAAAGAAAGAAAACUGCCAGGCACUUAAGAAAGGUUAGUUUAUCGAAAGUAUAAAUACUGGAAGCCCCUCAGUUUAAUGGACCUUGUCACGGUUUUCGACGCCAUCUUGACGAGUAGGCAAACGCGUGAGAAAUUACAGUGUUUGUAUGAGAAUCUAAUGUCGAAUAAUUUCCGUAAAACGGCUGUUCUGAAAAAAAUAUCCAUUGUAANCAUCUUGACGAGUAGGCAAACGCGUGAGAAAUUACAGUGUUUGUAUGAGAAUCUAAUGUCGAAUAAUUUCCGUAAAACGGCUGUUCUGAAAAAAAUAUCCAUUGUAAACUAAAGCUACAAAGCAAAGGAUUGUCCUAAAAAAUUUGGGGGGUGUGCCCGGCUUAAAUUUCUCCAGAGGCUUCUUUAGAUUUUCCAUAUAUUUGUCUGUAAUUUUCCCGGGACUUUCUUACAGACAAAUGUAUAGAAAAUUGUAAAAAGUGGUUCUAGGUCUUCUAGUGCAUGUAACGCCCUCAAAUAUUUUCAGGAGAAUCCUUAGGAGUGAAGCUUUAGUUUACAAUAGAUAUUUUUUUCAGAACAGCCGUUCUACGGAAAUUUUUCGACAUUAGAUUCUCAUACAAACACUGUAAUUUCUCACGCGUUUGCCUGCUCGUCAAGAUGGCGUCGAAAACCGUGACAAGGUCUAUUUGUGGACAGGUGUAGGUUUUCAAGAGGUUUCAGUACAGCAUUCCAUGCAGGAAAUGUACGCCAAGCAACGUAUAUUAAAAAGCGGUUUAGAUUUAAUACAGUACAUAUUUUGAACAGAGCUAUUUUAAAAAAAGACAGCAUAUAUCAGUGACGCCACACUUUUAACCACUGUAAAAUGUUUAGCAGUUUCGUCUUUCGACACAGGUUCUGGUCAGAGCGAUUUGAAAGAAAGCUACUUUGAUAUCUGAGCUUGUAGUUUUCUUAGUACUCUAACAAGACCCAAGUAUUUAAAAAGUAUCAAUGUUCCCAAGGGCGGGGCAUUGAUUUUUCUAAAGAAAAAUUGAAUCAUUGCUUCGGGAGGCCACAAUAAUUAGGUUUGGACACAAGAAAUUACCCCACGUAAGAGCUAACCCAGUGGAGUGUAACAUAUGUUUGGCACAAUUCAAGCAGAACCUGAUGUGCUAUAAGCCAAAGAGUUUCAGGAACCUUCCCAUCCAAGAAUUCCUAAUCCCAGCCCCACGCUUCCGUAUCACUAAUUUCCGAUUAUUAAUAGUGUUUUGCUUGUUACAUUUAUGUAUAAAAAUCAGCGCAGUAUCUACAUUAACCUGCGAGCGCAGGUUAUAUCUACAUAUGACCACUAUUCCAUCUGUCACUUUAUUUUCUUUUAACCCAUUCGCCCUUGGAGAUUUUGCCGAAAAACGCCUUUUGAAGCUUGUCGAGUGGUUUUCUGGUCACUGUCGUGCAGUUAAGAGCAACAACUUACCACAAAGCCGUUUUCAGGUAGUACACUUCGCGGCCUUCCGAUCCAGUUGUAAAAUAUAAGCAAACAGCUUUCGAAGUUCCGGCAUCCCCUCUUUUUUCGCUUUUCUUGCCUCAUUUUUCUUUUCUUUUGCUGGGCAUUUAGUACAAAGUUGUCCUUGACCAUUAAAACUGAUGACGUCACAAACGGUAGAAGGGACGUGGAUCCGCAAGGACGGAUACGGGCGGCUCAGGGGCGAAUGGAUUAAUUAAGCCUUUGGGCAUGUACCACAAGAAAUCACUGAUUAUCCAUUUCAUCCCACAGCAUAGCUACAGUCUCAGACAAAAAUAGUUGGGACACUUUAACCAAACGCUGUUUUUUCCCUUCUCGUGCUCCCCUCGUCCCUCUCAAAGUUGUUUAUCGCGGUUUGGUCACCAAAUCUUGUACACCAACAUUGAGGGACAAGGAGACCCUAAAGUGUCCCAACCAUUUUGACUGAGACUGUGUUUUUGAGGAAUUUUCGGUAUGUGACUCCUCGUUGGCUCUAGUGACGGGAAAUCGCUAGGCAGGUAUAUGCACGUUUCGGAGCCAUUUUUUCGGGAAAAACAGUAAAGAUUUCAAGGAUAGAAAGAGAGAAGACAAUUAAUAGAGGAAAGAAGUCUUUGUUUCUUUAAUUACAACAUUCCACGGUAUUAAAAAAGCUUUCUACGUAUUAGGGUUAAAGAGUGAACAACGGAUGAGUCAAAACUGCGCGCAUUAUUUCGCAGGCUGUGUAUCUUGCCGCGAAUAUCUUGUACUGGUGGAGACACGAUUGGACGGGUCACCAUAACGGGUCACCAUACUAUCCAGGGCGUUUUCUAAGAGCUCUCUGGUAUAUAUAAUGGAUUAAGAAAGAAAAGGAUAAGGUACUUUCAUACUUAAUUGAAAUAGCCAAGGUUUAUAUCGCCUUGAUACAUGUAAGACAAGUUAUUAAAACUUUGAUCAUGGUGACACGAUUGUUCGCUGAAAGAAACUUAUAAAUAUCUUAAUUGAAUUAAUGUACGGUGACCCGUGUACACGUCGAGUAGAACGCUUUUUUGGAGGUUUCAAGGAUAGGUAGUGUCCUCGUUUUAUAUGAUUCAUGUUUUGUACCUCAAGUCCCACAUUUAUGGCACAGUAGUUUGUUUUAGAGUUAUUCAGGAAGGUGUAUAUUUGGGGUAAAGAAUGAGAACCGAUGUCACCAUUUGGCGCAAGGCCAAAUUAACAUAUGUUGUAAACAACUUAUAAAAAGUUGUCGAUUUCACAGCAGUAGCCUGGAAUAUCAUUAAGAAACUUUUUGGCGUCGGACCAAACAGUUACACUAUUGUUGGACACCCUUUUUACGCGCUUGUAGUCAAUAGUAUCUUUAGAAAUUUAGAAAGCGGGAUACUGUUCUCGCUGAUAGGUCUUGGGAAUAAUCCUGGCUUGUUGCAUUUUCCUCCAAACUGAGGAAAAGUUUCCCCCUUUCUCUCGAAAUCGCUUAAUCGCUCUUUCAGCUGUCUUUCGCCUCUUGCCCUUAAGUUAGAAAUGCGUCCCUUUGAGCCUUGUUCCUACACUCUUUCUUGGCAAAGAGGCCUUCUCUAUUAUUCUCCACACAUUUUUUUUAAAAAUGUGGCACAUUCAAGCGCCUCUCUGUAUAUGAAAACCCUGAAUGUUACGUAGAUAGUAUGCACGUGCUAUAUUGUCACGCUAUCAAUCGGCCACUAGAAAGCUAUUUGUGUACGGUUUAGUGCACACUCAGUUCCUUUUAUUUUACAAUACUCUACUCUGCCCAAGAAAUUUCUGCGAACUGGUCAUUCUUUGUGUUAUGUUGUUAUGCCCAAAUAACUUAGUUCACUGCUAUAGAAACGUUCGCGAAACACAAUGGAUACCCAACAAACCAAAAGCCCGUCGCUUGUGACCGACCUACAGAUUAACCUCUGUAUCUGUCAACACGCCUUCAAAUUCCUCCCUGACACAGUCUCAGACAAAAAUAGUUGGGACACUUUAACCAAACGCUGUUUUUUCCCUUCUCGUGCUCCCCUCGUCCCUCUCAAAGUUGUUUAUCGCGGUUUGGUCACCAAAUCUUGUACACCAACAUUGAGGGGACAAGGAGACCCCAAAGUGUCCCAACCAUUUUGACUGAGACUGUAGAAAACAGUUUGGUAUAAAUUAAUCAAAUUUAGUGUAAAAGCGCAUUCUAUUUUAAGAGAUUCCAUAAACAUUUUUCAUAAAACUGAAUAUGUACCUGGUUGAACUUUGAAACGUUGCCUGUAGAAUUGACUUACUUUUUGUGCAUCAGUUCCUUACGUGCUAUAUUAGCUCUAUAUAUAUAUGAACAACCUAUAAAUAAUUUUGGGUGCUUUCCGGAUUCUCUCAGGGUUGAACGCACUUAUCUCCUCUGGGGAAAACCUUGCCCACCAACUGACGAUUGCAAAGGAAAAACAGGAGAGAGAAAGAGUGUAAGCAAGAGAAAACUUUUUCUUCGUUUUUGGUAUAAGCAUAAAAUUGAAAAAUUGAACCACGAAUAUAGGUUUAAUUGAGGAUAAACACAAGCUGGUUUCUUCCAACAUACUGAUAAUAUUUCCAGUAAAAGAAGACUAGAAAUUAAAGUUCGCGCAAAAAGAUGUUUUUUCAUCCUAAGGCAGCAAAAGAAGUACUUUUGUAACCUUUCAUCUUUUAAUUUUUGCAGAACACACAAGGAAUACCGUGCAAAAAUGUCAGAACAUGCAAAGAAAGUGGAACUGUACGAGAUGAAUGCUCCCAUUAAUCUGAAUAUUGCAAAACAAAGAGAAACGAACGCCAAUUUGACAGAGGAGUGUACGCCUUACUUUAUUUAUACUUAAUGAAAAAUGAGGUUUUUCACACAGUGACGCAGACAACUCGGAAGGAAAAAAUACGAGUCCUCCCCUUCAAGUUGCUUAUCGAGAUUCCCUACCACUGAGUUCUCGGUAGUCUCGAAGGAGCUAAUAUAAAGCAGUAUAAAGCCACUUUUAAUGGGCCAUUUUCGAGUUGUCCCAAGCCUCUGUUUCAAUGCGAGCCGAAGAAAGGUUUUGCACGUAGCCUCGGUUUGAAAGAGACAGUUUAUGGUCUAUUAUAGGUGUUUCUGAAAAUCAUCCUGCACAUUGCUAGGAUUGGCAUGGAAUGUCGAUAACGUGUAAAUUUUUCACCAUUAAAGACGAAAAAAUAAACCUGACCUUUCACAUGCAGUCUUUGUUCAAAACCGUUGAUGUGGUAGCGAUUCAAUUUUUCUUUUUCUUAUAAAUAUUGUGAUUAUUAGCACUACAGUACCGCAAAUGAUCUCCCAUCACAAAAAUGAUCCCCAGACCGCGAAUGAUCCCCAAAUUCGACUGAAAUGAACCUCGACCGGAAAUGAUCCCCUUUGUCGGCCGCAAAUGAUCCCGACAGGAAAAUCAGAAUGGCUUGAACUUAAGUUACUGAAUCAUCGCGUCAAGUUAAUUAUCACGACAAACAGUAUUAACCUGAAUAAAUUUUGCUGUACAAACGAUUGCAAUUGCAAAAAAGAAGUUAACGGUAAAACUGCGUUAAAACUUUUUUUUAGCAGUGAAACACAAAUAAAUGAAAACAACUGGAAAUAAACUAAAAAAGUAUCAGUAAAAAAAGAAAAUAGCGCUCGAACAUCAAUGCAGUGUCUUGCUUAAUUACUAGUUAAAAUUUAAGCUAAACUGAACAAAACUCAAACAGGCUGUAGUUAAAGUAGGUAAAAUAUGUUUAAGCAGAAAUUUCUCGAAUCCGAUGCAUCGGAUACUCAAUAUCAACUCAGGAAAAAAACGAUUAUUUUUAUAACCGCGAAAGUCUCUGAAACUGAUCCUAAAUAAAAAAUCGCUCUAGUGUGACUUCCCUCAAGAGAAUUCUGAUAUAGGUACAAAAAAUUACGCUUACUCGUUCGUUCGUUAUUUAUUCUCUGAUUUUGUAUCUUUGUAACUAUCUCCAGCAGUAAAGGCGUAAGAAAUUAAUACAUGGGCUAGCGCCCACAGCGUCCUCGAGCAUACAGAAGUGCUAGUAUUUCGAAAUAAACGGCGAUAAUUCCACGCGUCAGCAUAUUUCCGUAUUCCUCGGCGUUUCCUGGUUGACGUCCUUCCUGUCUUAAAUUUUCACAGCAACGAAACAUCAGUGCUUAAAAGAAAGGAGAAACAAUUAUCAAAAGAAGCAGAACGGUUAUUUAUCUCUUUAUUCAUUUCUUUGUUUUACGCGCUGUUCAAGUUCUUAUCGCCAUUCACCAUCCAUGCCUAAACUCCAUUCCAUUCCGAUCAGUCUACUUUUCACGGGAUCAUCUGCGGUCGACAAAGGGGAUAAUUUGCUGACGAGGAUCAUUUGCGGUCCGUUUUGAGGAUCACUUGUGGUGCUGUACAGCGCCUCUGUGAACUAAGUCGUUCUCUUUUGAUCAAUUUUACAGUGGAGUUCCUACGUCGUUUGGCGGACGAUUCCAUCCUUAAAAGCACACAGGCUGAAAUAUUUCAGCUUAGAAACCGUCAAAAGUGUUUGGAGGAAACAAUUGUGUUAAAACAAGCUGAGGUUGGUAUACACUCUUUCUUUUCUUCUGAGAAUGUUUUCUAUAAGAAUAUCGAGGCUGAAAUUUGCGAAAUUUUAAGAAAAUUUUAAGAAUAAACCCAAAGCUGAGAUUUUAAAAAGACAUAAUUUUGUGUGUUGAAAAAUCUGGCGCUGAUUGUUCAAAAGUCGGAUAGCGCUAUCCAACGGAUAAGUUCUUCACUAUCCAGCGGAUAGCUUCUAAGGAAGCCACUAUCCCAUUUUACAGUUACAGGUGGAAACGAGGCUGGAGUUGACCUCGUUUUGAAAAGCUCUUCCUGCUUUAUUAUGUAAAUCAUGUUGUUUUUAUGCUAACUAGUAUUUUUCAAGCAUAAUUUCCAUUUCAAAAGGAAGGAGGUUUGUAUCAAAACGUGAAGGUCAGCCUCAGCCUCAAGUUCACCAAAGGCAAGAGUCCAAAGUGCAAAACUGUAAAUUCGUCUAUUUCAUUAUCCAGUGGAUAGCGUUAUCCACCUUUUGAACAACUGGGGCCUGAAUGUUUUUAACUGAACUGUAGAUAAUUAAUGCUCUCAACGGCAAAACUACCCAACAAAAAGCUCUCGCCCAUUGCGAACUUUUUCGCAGGCUAGAAGUAUGACUAACUAACUGCGCACUUAACAGUUUUUAUAGUCAUGCACAUACUGAACAGUUUACAGACGACUGAAGACUAAAUUUCGUACACAGAAGGGUUAAAAUAUCCAUCUUUGGGGUUAGAUUUAAGGUAAAAUUGUUUGGCACCCUUUCUAUGAAGCCGGGCUUAUGCGACUGUUUUCUUCCCUCCCGCUAAGGCAAAACUUACUCCACUGUUACACACAGUAUACGGCUUUUGACAGACCCCUCCAGUGUUCUUGUGUUUGCUCUCUUAUAAGUUUAUUGAAACCCUACAUUUCUUUUACAUUUCCAGCUCAAACACGAAAAUGAGAGGCAUACACAACUGAGGAGAGAGACUGACACACUGCACGUAAGUUAAGCUUGUACUGUCAGAAACUCCCUUCCCACUGUUACCAAACAACUGAAAAUGUUCUAAAUAAAUGGUCAUCCAAAAGGUAUUCCUUCAAGUGGAUUUAUAGAAGACAUUUACCCACUAACUUUAUUUACUUUUACGUGGCUUACAGUCGACAAGCGAAAAAGAAUUAGCUUCCAACUCGUCUUGAAAUACAAAAAAAGACAUCAGUUUAAUAAGCAAACCCACAACCAUGAAAACAAGCAAACAAACUGUAUAGUGGUCCUUCCUUGCGAUUAUGCAUCACACGUUCAACAAAAAGGCAACAACCAGUUUGCAUGAUAAAAGCUCGGCAAGUGGACAUUUUUCAUCUUGUUCUCUCUGGAUAUGUCAACUUAUCCCGUAAUUUUACAACAGUUUGUAAGGCCAUCUUCUCUUCUCUAUUGACAGACGCCCAUGAUAUUGGUCACUCAUGGGACUUCGAUAAUUAACUUAAAAUUUGAAGCUGGCAAGUUCUCACCAUCUAUAAAAGAACUUGUUCAGGGUAGAUACUCACUAGAACGGUGCAGUGGUGACAGAACGUGCAAAGCCCCAAAGCCGAGUCACUGUGCGAUGGAAGAGAAUGGCAGACUGCAUGUAGAAUAAUGGUUAGCCUGUGUGAAGGGCGUCGAUACACAAACAGGCUGACGGUUCUCAACGGUAAAACUCGUAUUUUGGAAGUUUCCACUUCAAGUUCUACUAUCAGUAAUUAUUCCAAAUGCUUCGAAAAAUGUCUAAUAAUGAAAACUGUUCACGCUCACAGAAACGUAACAAAGCACAGCUGACCAGACUAAAACGCCAGCUGCAAGAGGCCAACUCCCGCAACCGACGCUGGAACGAUGAGGCUUGUCGACUGGAACAGAGAAUCGCAGAGCUCAAGAGUCAAGCAAUGAAAUAA